AUGCCGUCAGCCAAUCGCCGUCGUCCAAGGCGAUACGGUAGGUCGCAAUGGCCGCGACCGGGCAUCCCACAUAAUCGGACCGCUACACACAUGCUCCAGUUGAACGGGUACGUUUCAAGAAUUCUGACUUUGGCUGCUCCCCACAUCAUCACAGUUGUUGCCACAUCCAUGUUCGAAUCGAAGCCGGACGUGGGACAGCUGCAAUCGCAGAUGCAGAUGCGUGAGGCGAAGCCGUACAAAUGCACGCAAUGCGUGAAAAGCUUCGCCAAUUCGUCCUACCUCUCGCAACAUAUGCGAAUCCAUCUAGGCAUCAAACCAUUUGGCCCAUGUCAAUACUGCGGUAAAAAGGUUAGUUAA